UGAUUUUAUGGAUACCAACGACUGUAGUUGAUAAAAAUUAAAAACACAAUAUUUAACGUGACUUUCUAACGAAACGCUUUAUGCUGGUUGGUACAUAAUAGCGUAUAACCCAUAGUGAUUUUUGAUUUAAAUAUUUUAAAUUGGUGUAAUCAUUGUUACACAUCCGUGAGUCCGCCUUGCUACCGUAGCAUCAUCUUCGAAAUUAAGAGUUCUAAUUAGCAAUUCGUCUAUGCGAUAUUUAAUCUUUUCCUAUGCAAGCAGUCACUGUGUAGUUUCGAUAGUUGUUUUUUAACUUGUAUAAUCUGUUAUUGUUAUACGACAUACGUACCAUAGAAAGGUACCCUACUAUUAUACCCUUAAUGAAAACAUAGGAUCAAUUAUGGGUGACUUAGAAGUGCUGACUCCACUGAUAAAUAGCCAAGAUUCACUGUACACUCAGGAUCAAAUAUCUGUACCAGAGAAUACAAAUGCGUGGGGGCGCUUAUAUCCAGAGAAUGAAUAUUUAAAAAUUGAAGACCUAGUGAAGGAUAACUACAAUGCUGGUCGUCAAACUAAUGAUGUUGACUUUCAAUUUACAAAACAAUGCUUUAGUUUAAAAGUAAUGAAUCAUAUCAGCAAGAUUCAUUUCACUAUAAAUCGUGAAAAGAUUGGGACUUUAGAUCAUGUAGUGUUUAUUACAGACUCAAGUGCAAAUGGUACAUUUUUAAAUGGCGAAAAAAUAGGAAAAGACAAUCGUUGGAUUUUAUCAAAUAAUGACAAAAUUUCCAUUGUUUCUAAAACUAAUUAUGUGUAUACAUUUACUGAUAAACGUUCAGAUUAUUUAAAUUGUCCACAAAAGGUUAUGGAAAAAUUUGCUGUUUUUGGUGUAUUGGGUAGAGGAACUUUUGGUGAAGUCAGAUUAGCUUUUGAAAAAAAAACUUCAAAAUGCUUUGCAUUGAAAAAAGUGAAUCGAGAGAAUUGUAUUGUGUUAAGGGAACCAGAUAUUUUAUCAAGCUUAUCUCAUGUAAUUCCAAAUAUUGUUAACAUGGAAAAUUUUAUUGAUACUACUGAUGCGAUUUAUAUUACUUUGGAAUACAUGCCUGGAGGAACUUUAAAGCAACUAAUAGAAAGUACAAAACGCUUAAAAGAAUUUGAAUCCAAAAUAAUUUUGUAUCAAGUUGCUCGGGCUGUUCAGUACUUACAUAAUAGAUCAAUUGCUCACAGAGACCUUAAGCCAGGAAACAUUCUACUCUCCAAUAAGUCUCCUCUAAGUGUUGUGAAAUUGGCUGAUUUUGGUCUAUCUAAGAAAGUAACUGAAAAUACACAUUUGAAAACAUUUUGUGGUUCAUUAGCAUACCUUGCUCCAGAAGUAUUUUCAAAUAGAAGAAUCGUAACUCAAUCAUGUAUUAAAUACACUAAUAAAGUAGAUGCAUGGAGUUUUGGUGUUAUUUUGUACGAAUGUUUAAGUGGUUAUAAACCUUUUGUUGGUGAUCAUAUUGAAGAAAAGAUUAUUAAAGGAGUAUAUAAUUUAUCUAAACUUAAAUGCUUUAACACUUCAAAUGUUGCACAAGAUAUUAUCAAGCAGUUGUUAAUAGUUGAUUACAAUAUGAGGUUUGAUUUUGAUAAAAUAUUGAAACACAUUUGGUUUGAAAAAGAUAUUCUUAUGAAGGAGAAAGUUGGUAAUCUCAUUGCUGAAUUUUCAAAUAGCUUAAAGACAAGUAAUACGUUUUCAUCAAACAAAGAAAAUGUCACAAAAAGAAUUAAGUUUUGUCCUUGCCUUGCGCAAGACACUUGUUCUGAAUCUGUACGUACCUGAAUAGAUUUAAUUAUAUAAGUUAUAAAAGAAUUAUAAUUUUUUUUUUUUAUAUUACUAUGAAUUAUUAUUAA